AGUUGUUCUGCUAAGAUAACAAAUUCACAUUUUGUACUACAAUCACGGAGUUGCAUCUUCACCAUGGACCUGACUCACAGACCCCCGCUCACUCUUAGCUCACCAAGCCUUAAUUUGGACCUCAGGGCUGAGAUUCUGAAGGCUGUGCGGGAUUCUGCUACAGCUCAACAGAAUGCCUUGAUGGUCAACAUAGAGGGCAUGAGGACAGAGUUCAUGAAGAGCAUGAAGAGCAGACAGGAGGAAAGAGACAUGAAGCUGGCUCUCCUGCUGGAGGGUAGGCAGACCAGAGUCACAGAGAUGGAGAAAUGGAAGAAGGCAAAGAAGGACAUCUCCAUCACUGAGGAAAAUGGAGGAAGUGCUGCUGCAGUGCUCAAGAACGCCAUUGUUCAGUUACCCAGGAUGAUACAUACCCUGGAUCAUUUCAGAAUGGCAGAGCUCGAGCAGCAAAACCAGAGAGAGGAAGAGGAGGACUGCUUGGAGCUUGAAGCUUGGAGGAAGCAACAUGCACACCUGGCCACCACGUUUAAGCAGCAGAGCAAAGAGACAUUGGCCAGAGUAGCUCAGCUCUGGAAGGAAGCAACAGAGGAAGAAAAUGGAAUGCACAAAACUAGUGCACCAGCUGAAUGCAUUGUGCACAUACUUGUGCAAGAGGCUCCCCAGGAGAAGACCACCCUAGCUCCUGUCAUUUCAUCUGAGAAUGCUGUGACACUGGCUCUGCCUCUGCCAUCCAAACUCCCUCCACUGCCAUCCAAGCUACCUCCUCUGGCAUCCAAGGUAGCCCAUUUGCCAGCUAAGCUCCCCCCUCUGAACCCAGGCCUUCGCAGAGCAUUCUGCAACCCCGUUGCCCCUCUGCCUCCCAUCCAUCCAUGCAAGUAUGAAAAAGAGGACCUUGAGGUAGGAAGUAUUUCAGAGCAUUCCACAAAGGUAAGUGAACCUUCAGAUCAUCAGAACCACAUCUUCACCAGCAUAACCCAGGAUAAGAAUAGAGUUUUAUGGUGUAUGUUCAUGUAAUCUACACAGAUGUUGGACAUCAAAUUUUGAUAAGGCAGAAGUUGGAAAAUGUCGUAAUAGAUAGUUAACAUGCAGCUGAAGGAAAAGUAUUGCAGCAACCUAAUGACAGUCAAGCUCCUCUCUCCCUCUCUCUCCCUCUCUCUCCCUCUCUCUCUCUCUGACACAGAGUGCUGUGUCCGAGCAACUGAUGGUGACUCUGGAUGCAGAUCAAAGUCCUGAGGCUACCAGCACACGGUCCUCCGAGUCCCUAGCAGCAGGUGACAGCGUGGUAAAACAGGAGAAGAAAAAGACUAGAAGCGUUAA